UGUCUUUCUCCGGUAAGUCUCGCGAGAUCUCGUGCAGACGUCAGACGACCUUUGGCACAGUCUCUGCAGCACCGAGGAGCUCACGGAGGGUCCAAGAUGAACAGAGCUUUGAACAGAACAAGUCUGAAACAACUGACUGGUCUCCUCCAAAGGUUUCAAAGCACCUUGGUGGUCGCGGAGCACAACAAUGAAAAGCUGACCCCCAUCACACUCAACGCCAUCACCGCUGCCAGUAAGCUCGGUGGAGACGUGUCGUGUCUGGUUGCAGGGACAGACUGUGCAAAGGUUGUGGAGCAAAUCAGCAAAGUAAAAGGUGUGAAGAAGGUUCUGGUUGCUCAACAUGCGUCUUUCAAAGGUUCCCUGCCAGAGGAGUUGACUCCACUUAUCCUGGAAACACAAAAUCAAUUCAGUUUCACCCACAUCUGUGCUGGUGCAUCAGCCUUCGGAAAGAACCUGCUUCCCAGAGUGGCUGCCAAGUUGGAUGUGGCUCCAGUUUCAGAUAUCAUUGAGAUAAAGUCUCCAGACACUUUUGUCAGAACCAUUUAUGCUGGUAAUGCUCUCAGCACUGUGAAAUGUAAUGAGGCAAUCAAGAUCUUCACGGUCAGAGGGACAUCCUUUGAGGCAGCUCCAACAGAGGGAGGAAGUGCAGCCUUAGAAGAGGUUGCUGCUUCUUCUCCCGCUGGAGUUUCUGAGUGGUUGGAACAGAAUCUGACAAAGAGUGACCGUCCAGAGCUCACCAGCGCUAAGGUCGUGGUGUCAGGAGGAAGGGGCUUGAAGAGUGGAGAGAACUUCAAGCUGCUUUAUGACCUUGCUGACAAGCUGAAUGCUGCAGUUGGUGCAUCCAGAGCUGCUGUGGAUGCUGGGUAUGUCCCGAACGACAUGCAGGUUGGACAGACUGGCAAGAUUGUUGCACCGGAGUUGUACAUUGCCGUCGGUAUCUCUGGAGCCAUUCAACACCUGGCUGGAAUGAAAGAUAGCAAGACCAUUGUUGCUAUCAACAAGGACCCAGAGGCUCCCAUUUUCCAGGUAGCUGACUAUGGCUUGGUCGCUGAUCUGUUCAAGGCUGUUCCUGAGAUGACUGCAGCACUGAACAAGUGAGGAAAAAAACAAACUUCCAUCGCACAACGGGAACCCAACGGCAAGAAUUCAGAGCGUGACCACAGGAAGACAAGCCGCUGCCUUAAAAUAUUUCUAUAGCUGUGAUUGUGAGCGUACAGAAAUACUUUUUAUCAUCUUUCCCCUGUGACUGGAAACAGAACAUUCUCAAAGCAGAAAUAAAUGCCAGUUUUUUAUAUACACUAAACAAGUAUUAAAUAUCAGUGAAUAAGGGUGUACUUACCUUUGGGGGUGUUUUAUGCCUGUAGUAGUACUUGCUGUAAUUUGUAUUUAAUUUUCUGGUACAGUAAAGGACAUCCUUGGGAAUGUU